AUGUCUAGCGGAUCGAGUAUUGGGGGUGUCAUCUUUCCCAUCAUGAUACAACGGUUGAUUCCGGAAGUGGGAUUUGGGUGGGCGAUGCGUGCUGGAGCGUUUGUGAUCCUGUUCCUGCUGAUCAUCGCCAAUUUAACGAUCCGGGCCCGUUUACCCCCGUCACCUCGACCGCUGUCGCUGAGUGCAUUGACACAGCCGUUGCGCGAGAAAAAGAUGCUGCUGGUUACCGCAGGGUUUACGCUACUGACUUUCGGGAUGUACAUUCCCAUCGAUUUUUUGGUCAGCGAGGGACUUUCUAAUGGCAUCAGCGCCAACCUAGCUCAGUACUUGCUCGCAAUAUUGAAUGCCGGGAGCUUCUUUGGUCGUCUCAGCUCUGGUAUACUUGCUGAUUGCCUUGGUGCCUAUAACGUCUUCACCACAGUCUGCUGUCUAGCCGGGAUUUUGGUUCUUGCCCUAUGGAUUCCCGCCAAUAGCACCGCAGGCACUAUUGUAUUUGCCGUUCUUUUCGGAUAUUCUUCUGGUGCAUAUGUCUCACUGGCAGCAGCUCUGGUAGUCAAAAUCUCGCCAUUCCAGCAAAUCGGAUACCGAGUUGGCUUGAUUUUCCUCUUCGCUUCUGUCGGCGGUUUGACCACCAACCCUAUUGCGGGGGCCCUAUUAGCCCAUGACAAAGGGUCCUAUCUUGGUAUGAAGAUAUUUUCGGGUGUUAUUCUCCUAGCCGGGUCAAUCUUGGUUUUUUGCGCUCGGCUGCAUCACACGGGGCUGAAAUUGGUUGCGGAAUUCUGA